AUGAACAGCUACAGGAAACACUCCGCGUCGUUCUACGUCCUGGACGCUGCUGCAUACGGCGGGGACUUUUCCGCGCUGUGGAGAGACCUGGAGUUCGCCCCCACGGAGGACAUCGUCAUAAUAAGCGUAAAGAAUGACUCGAGGGACAACCACCUUAGGACGGCCAUUAAAGCAAAGCUAGAACAACGCGCAUGUCGAAAUGGUGAGCACAUGCUGUAUGAUGCGCAUGAGCAGUACGAACUGGUGGAUCCCAAUUUCCAAUUUGAAGGAAACUCAUUUAUGCUUAUGGUUAGAGUAGAGCUGCGCAACGACAUCAAGCAGGUGCACUGCAAAAGUGUUCAGUUGCGCUACCUCGAGGAAAACGUCCGUUUUGGGACCACCCAGUCGAGAGGAAAGAGAAAGGAAUAUCAUCCCACACCUCCUGACCAACAAAACAGUCACGACAUGGUGAGGCACAUCUACGUGUAUCCCUACAAAGGGAUCGUACAGAAAAAUGAACAGAAAAAAAUUAACCUCAACAUCUACGUAGAUCAUAUGCUAAAAACAGAUCAGGUUGUAAAAGGGUCCUUCAUUUUAAUAAUACGGAUUCAAAAGGAUGGGAAGGAUAUUAAACAGAUUUUUUUUACCUGCAAGUACUCUCUUAGGAACAACAUCGUGAGUGCACUUCUUCGGGAAGACCUCCCCUUGGUGAGAGGACUCGGGAGUAGUAAUCGCACCUCAGUGAAGGGGAGGAGUUGGUCCAGUAGAACCACCACCAUCACCACCACCACCACGGGGAGGACAAAUAUGAGCUUGCAUAGUAGGAGUAGACGAAACAGCUUGUGGAGUUCCAAAUUUACGAAACGGUUGGAGGAGACAAAAGGGAGACCCUUCCUGCCAGUUAAUGUAACCAAAUUUGUGUUAUAUUCCUUCUUUGCUAUCGAUCGGUACGAACGGGAGUUACUUAGCAGGGUGGGGACUCCCCUAGAAGGAGUUCUUCCCUCCCAGGAAGCAGAUCAACCGUUGCAUCUGCUGGGGUUGUCCAACGUACGGACGGACCACCUGGUGUACUGCUCCAGCCCCGCCUUCUCCUUCUCCACCUCCCUCCAAGGAGAAAACAAAAAAGGAGUGCACUGCAACCUUAACUAUAAUUGGAAGAAACACUUUUUUUGUGUACAGUACCCACAGCAGAAAUACAUGGAUGAAAAUUUUUUUCUCCAAAAUGGUUACAUGCAGAAAAGCAAAGGGGAGAGACAGCACCUUGAGGGGGAUAUACUGCUGCAGGUCCAUUACUUAGUAGGCCAACUUCAAAACAACGGCAAAGUGGACAGACCUAUCUAUGUAGCCACCAUUUUGUUACUGUGGGAGGAACUCCUCACGGUGUUAACCCCUCCACUAGGUACCUUUGCAAAGGUCACUCAACUGGUUAGGCGCAUUCAUAAAAAUCCCAGAUUAAGAGAGAGAAAAAAAAUGCACUCAAUAUUUCGUGUCAUUGUAAAACACUCUCCAUCUGUGUUGUACAAAAAUUUUUUUUUCAUCCUCCUGUCUUUUUUGAAGAAGCUGUUUUUUUACUUCGUCCGUGUGUGUUUGCACGAUUUUGGAGUCUCCAUGAGGGGGACACAGAUCCAGCGGGGCCACAUGAGGGGGACACAGAUCCAGCGGGGCCACAUGAGGGGGACACAGAUUCAGCGGGGCCACAUGAGUGGUGGUCCCUUUGGUAAGUAUUAUUCCCCGCUGGCCACUCCCGCCCAGGUGGGGCCACCACCCCCCUCCUUCUCGCUCUUCCUGCGGUCCUUUCACUUUUUUUACGUCUCCUUCCUCAGCUACGUGAGCACCUUUUUCCUGAGUUUUCUGGACCACCAAAUUGCCCUCGACUUGGCGCACUACCUACUAUUCCACGCGUAA